CAGUUAUUCAGCUGAAAUACAGAUAACCGCCAUUUUCAAGAUGGCGACAGUAGACGAGCUCAAGAGUGUGUUAAAAGAAACUUUGGAAAAUAGAGGUGUACUGGGUCAAAUUCGAGCUCGAGUUCGUGCUGAAGUUUUUAGUGCCCUUGACGAUCAAACAGAACCGAGACCUGCUCUAUCGAAUGAGAACUUGCUGAUCAAUGAACUUAUCAGGGAAUACUUAACUUUCAACAAAUACAAAUACACAGAGUCAGUGCUCUUAGCAGAAUCAGGUCAACCUAAGGAACCCAUGGACAGAAGAUUUCUGGUGCAGGAACUUAACAUCACAGAAGAGGAGUCACCAACCAUGCCACUCUUGUAUGGAAUCCUCGCUCAUUUUCUUCAAGGAGGCCAUAAUGAGGGGAGGCAGUUUAGAGGUGCAAGACAUGAAGCCAUGUUGAGACCUCAUACAAGUGAUAAGCAAUCAAGAAGAAAUCCAGAAGGUUCAGGUCUUUUGGGUGGCAGAGAUGAUGGAAGUAGAAUGGACUCAAGCCUAGCUCAUGAUCCUGAGCCUUUUGUCGUUAGAGGAGGGAGAUGACACCUUUCAUUUACAACUGCAGUCUUGUGAUAGAAUAUUAAGAUUUUUUGCAUAUAUUUCCAUUACACAUUUAUUUAGACAUUUAAAUAUGCCAAGUUCUUGAUCAGUUCAAAAAUUAUCAAUAAUUCUCCUUUAGCAAAACUAUAUUUGAUUGAAAAGAAAAUGAAAUCAUCCAGAUUGAGUAGUCAGUUCUUUUCCCUUUAAAGGGUAUACUGUAUAUUAGUAGCAUAACGUUUAACUCAGUUUUAGUCUCCCUGUUAGUGAGAAAACAGCUUGUUUCAUGAAGGAGAUUUUGAAAUGACUAAUGCAUGAACGUAUUUAAUAUCGUUGAAAUCUA